AUGAAGAUCAAGUUACCAAAGUAUCAGUACAUCAAUAUGGAUUCUGGAUGGUCAAAUGCGUGUGAUCAAUAUGGCCGCUGGAUGUAUCGUUCUGAUCUGUUUCCCAAUGGGCUGAAACCGUUGUCCGACUACCUCAAGACAAACGGGCAUCGUCUUGGGAUUUAUAUUUUGCCAGGGAUCAGAAAAGAUGCGGCCGACGCCAAUAUGCCGAUCAAAGGUACGAACCAUACGUUGGGCGAGUUGGUCACUCGCAAGUUGGAAGGCAACGGGUUCAAAGGGACGACCUAUAUGCCUGACGAGCAUAACGAGCUGGUGCAAGCCUACUACGACUCCAUUGCCGAUCUGUUUGCAGAGUGGGGCAUCGGUUUUGUCAAGAUUGACGGGUGUGGGCCCGGUGGUGGCGAUCAAUUUCACACUCACCAGUCACCGGAUAACCGGGCGUGUUUGCGAAUGUUAUCAAAAGCGUUUCAAAGACACGAUAUUUGGAUGGAAUUGUCGUGGUAUCUUGACGCUGCCUACGUUGAAGAUUGGAUAGAGAUCGCCAAUGGCGCGCGCGUGUUCAUCGAUAUCGAAUCUUACUCCACGAAAACCAUGACUUCGUCCCAUCGGGUGUUUCAAAGAUUCAGCCACGUGGAACGUUGGGUGGAAAAGGACUUGGUUGGUCGUCCCAACGGAUUUUUCCUCGAUUUGGAUGUUGUGCUCGUCGGCAUGACCGUCAAUGGGACGUGUAUCGAUGGUCUCGAUAACGACGAUAUCCGACAAUCGUACAUUAGCUUUUGGGCCAUGGUGAGUUCCGUGCUUUGCCUAGGGGGGGACCCGCGCAUGAUUCCCGAAAAGUAUUUGUCUAUGUUGCAUCAUCCGGGCAUGCUGGCUAUCCACCAAAGCGGUGUCGUUGCCAAGCCUUUGGGGACGACGGGCUUAUGGAAUAAUCGCAAGCAAGUCUGGUGGAAGAGGCUUCCGACGGGCGAGAUCUACGUUGGACUUUUCAAUACCCAUGUAUAUCGCUUCAUGCUAGGGCUGAGCCACGAAAUCAAAUUUCGUCUCAAAGACUUCGACCUUAUUACCGCUGAAAUCAAAGAUGUGUGGUCCGGCAACAUUCUUGGUGUUUACAAUGACAGCUACAGCGUCGUUUUAAAACCAGGACAGUGCAAGAUCUUGCUUUUAACCGCAAAAUAA